AGAACCAGCAUGCCGGGGUUACGUCCCCGGCCAUCUCUUCGUACGCGGAAAUCGGUAGUCCUACAACGAGUUUAUCUUGAGCUGGAGAAUUUUUUUGUUUGCUUACGAAAGACGCAUCUUCAGAGUGGUCUGAAUGACUUCAUUUGCGCGUUUUUACUCUGUUCCGUUCCGCUAAUUGCAAUGAAACAUUAGGUUUGAUUUCAUUUCAUUUGUGACUAAAAUCUUCUGGCAUGAACGUCCUCUCCAUGGAGUGUUUUUCUUUUCAUUUCUACUUUUCAUGAUUCAACAUCUACAUGCUCAUGCUUAUUUCACUUGACUUCAUUAGACACCGAUUUAAAUAGAAUUUCAUUUAUUCUAACCAUAGUAAAAUCAUGUUUUGUACAGUAGUACAUGAAUGAGGAUUCAUUGAUACACAGUACAGCUUUAUUUUUUUUUCUUUUUGUUUUAUUCUAAAACUUUAUUUAAAUUUUCUUUGUUGUCGCUGAUUCAAUAAUCCACUAGUAAAGUUGGGUCUACAAUGACCAUGAGGUAUUGUAUGGCCGUAGUGGGAUAGGUAUCUGGUAAUGGAUGAAAAGAAAAUCCAAAUGGCCCCCAGCUCCAGCACAUCUUAAGACAAUCUAAAUUUUUAACUCUGUCUACGUGCCCAAAAAAUCAUUUUGCGUUUUUGUGUUUUUCUUUUUCCUUUAUUUCGAAAUUUUGCUCCUCUACUGCCAAUAUUCUAGGGACUCGCAUCAAUUGGUUGCCAGUCCCAAAAAAAUCUGAGGCAGCUACCCCGCAUCAAUGUCAGUCGACACUCUUGGUUGAUGGACGGAUGAAAAUAUAAAGAUCAUAGUGAGAAUUGGGUAUUAUCUGUUCUUCGAAAUCGGUGUUGUACACGCUUUAAAAGAAUGCAUUAGGAUGUUGAGAUGAUGGUUGCACAGUUGUAGACAGAGUGAGUUGUUUACGACGUUAUCACUAAUUCUCAAUGAUUUAAAUUAGAACCAAGAUGUGCUGCCGUGACCUUUAUUUACUUUAAAUGAUCAUUAUAACACUAGUUGUGGACAAAUCAUCUAUUCACACUAAAACCUUUUAAUCUUAAGAAGGUUAAGGUCGCAUCAGCAGACAGGCACACAAUUCGCAAAAUUUGAAGGAAAACACGACGGAACUGGAGGUCGCGACGCAGCGGUGGCGAGGGCCGAUCAGCAUCGUCGUGACAGUUACAGACACCGAGGCAACCGUGGAAGUUACGGGGCUCAGACCCACACCGCGGCACCGCGGCCUCGAGUCAAUAGAGAAGCAGGAGCAGCCUGAGCGAGCAGACGCUUGCUUGGACAGGCUUUGUUUUGCUGGAUUAAUUACGGAACUCUCCGUCGCAACAUCAUCCGCCGAAGGCAACACGCCAUAUGCGAGUGACGCAGGAUUCGUCUCUUCCAGUGACGACGAGGAUUGCCAAACGCAUGAGCCCACCGCGGACGCGGCACGCCCUCCCGGCGAUGGUGCAAGUGCUCAGGAGGUCCCUGCGAUGAAUUUCAAUGACGCUGUGAUGUUGGAUACUGCCCACGACGCUGCGGAUCUUGUCGAGGUUAAACCUAGCGCGGACGCCAAUGGUUCGCAAAUUGGAGUGAUGAUCGCGGGGACGGACGAUCCCAUGAUACCCGAGGAGGAAGAGGUAACAACUGCAGGGAGCAGAGUUCCAAUGAACGAGACGAUGGUAUCGAUGCCGUGCGAUCCUGAAGGCACUGCUUUGGAAUCUGCAAACAAUAUGGGCGAUUCCUAUUCUGUAACGACAGUGCAGGUGAUGCAAAGCCUGAUUGACGUAGUUGAUACCAUGGAUGUGAUCACAAACGAAGCGGAACCUCUCGAACGGAUAGACGCUGACCAAGAACUCAACCCUUCAGCUUCAGGCUCCACUCAUCCAAGCUCACAGCGGGUGUCUGCGGAAGACGAACCAGAAGCCGGCAUCGACGAAGUUUUGACUGAACCCACGGAGAAGAAUGAUCAUGUUGAGGCGGAGAGCGGUCCUGCAGCGGAAACGCGCCAGAAGACAACGAAAGAACAAGUCGAGCUCGUAUCUGAGUCGGACCAGCCGGUGAAGAUGGUAGGAGGGAAUCAAGAAUGGAGCAGGGACCCACGCAACGACAGUUCGCCAGAGGACACGGUCGAUCUCUGCGGAGUUGGCAAGGAAGCGGAAGAGAACGAGGAGGAGAUGGAAGAGCAACGGGUAUUGCCCAUCUCUGAGAGACGGAAGCACAAGAAGCUGGAGGUAUUCGUGGGUGGGCUGGACAAGGAAACCACCGAGGAAGAGCUGGAGUCGGUGUUCGGACGAGUGGGCGACGUGGUGGAGGUGCGACUCAUGAAGAAUGCUCAGACGGGCAAGAACAAGGGCUACGCCUUCAUCCGCUUCGCCUCCGCCGCCAUCGCCAAGCGCGCCUCCCACGACCUGGAGCGAGUCGAAAUCCGAGGUCGCUCAUGUGGAGUACUGCCGAGUGAGGAAAACGAUACGCUAUUCCUUGGCAACAUCAGCAAGUUGUGGAAAAAGGAAACGGUUUUGGAGACUUUGAAGAAGUUUGCCAUUGAGAAUGUGGAGGACAUAACAUUGAUGGAGGAUCCACAACUGGAAGGUGUUAACCGUGGAUUUGCAUUUAUUGAAUUCAAUACUCACAAAGAAGCUCUGAAUGCUUUUAGGCGACUUCAGCAAGCUGAUGCUGUUUUUGGAACAGAUCGCUCUGCAAAAAUUGCAUGGGCACAACCAUUAAAUGAACCAGAUGAAGAUAUAAUGUCCCAGGUAAAAUCUGUCUUUGUUGAUGGAAUGCCUCCAACAUGGGAUGAACGAAAAGUGAAAGAGCUUUUCAACAAAUAUGGCGCUGUGGAACGCAUUGUCUUAGCCCGCAACAUGUUGUCUGCAAAACGAAAAGAUUUUGGGUUCGUGAACUAUGUUGAGCGAGACGCUGCCUUGCUGUGUAUAGAUGCUUUGAACAACACCGAAAUCAGUUAUGAAGAUAUCAAGAUCAAAAUGAAAGUGAUGCUGGCAAAGCCACAAAUGAAAAGCAAAGUUAUGAAAGGAGGAAUUCGUGGAGCAUAUCCACCAGGUUUUAGAGGAGACCAUAGGAUAGGAGUAGGAAUACAUGGCAUUGGAGUACCUGGAGUUGGAAUGGGGCUACGAGGAGGAAUGGGAUUGAUUCCUUGUGAUGUAUUAUCAAGUUGUGGAAACCUUUCUCAUUUUGAGAAUCAAGUUAGAUUUGGGAGAAUGAAUGAUCAUGGGUUAGGAAUUGGAAACAUGCAAAGGUUGGGGAAAAAAAUAAAGCGGGGAAACAGUAUCAACAACAAAGAGACAGAUGUGAAGACAAAAUUACCACAAAUGAAACGAAUAAAGAAUGAUUUAAUCACAGAUGAAAAAGAAGAAAAACUUAACAGUGUGAAUCUUAUUGUAGAAGGGGCUUGUUUGAGUGACUGUCUUCUCCCUUCAAGAACUUUAGAAAAUUUGGAACAAGCUUUGCCACAAAAUAGUGAUGUGUUGCCUAAAUUCACUCUUGACAAAUACGAGUGCACAAUGUGUGGAUUUGGAUUUGACUUGUUUGACAAAUACAAAUCUCACAACAAAACCAAAGCGCACAAGGUGAUUGAAGGUGUACACAAAGAACAAAAGUUGCACAAUAAAACACCUUUAUCAUUGCUUCAUGAAUAUGCUUCUCGGAACCAUUAUAAGGUUCACUACGAGACCAAAGCUAACUCAUUUGGGCCCUUUGAAGUUACAGUAGUGAUUAGCACCUUGGAUGGAGGAUCAAAUGUUGGCACCCCCAUCAAAGGACUUGGCAUUGGCCGCAACAAGGCAAGAGCCAAACAAAUGGCUGCCUCAAAUGCUUUAGAGAAAAUUAUGUUACAAGCUCCUGAAUUGGAAUUUACAAAGCUAGGGCAAUCAAGGCAACUAUUCAACAACAACAACAACAUCAGUGAACAAUGCAAUAGGAAAAUCAAGAAUAAUACUUACAGUGGUUGUAAUGGAAGAGGAGGAGGGCAUCAAACUUCAUGCAAGAAAGUCAACAAAGAAUGGAUGAGUGUGCAAACCGCAAUCAAUGGUAAUUCCUUUCUAGGGCUCCCAAAUUUUACGGGAAAUGGUGUUGGAAACGGAAAGAACAAACGCCAAAAUUCCCAUGAUUUGAUAUAUUUCAAUGAUAAUAUCAUGAAUCCAAAUACAAUUCCUUUACCGAGAUACAAUGAAUUUCCACAAUGUGAGAUGGAGAGAGGAGGUUUUGGCAAAAAGUUUCAUGGAUGUGGUGGAGGAGGUUAUACAACAUCCAUUCAAGGCCCUUGUGGAGUAGUUCCAUGUCAAAGUGUGGAUACAUAUGUGGAUCGGUUUGAUCCAGUUCAACAUGGAGGAGGAGGCUUUGGAAGUGUAGGAUUUGGAGGACAAGAUUUCAUGGAUUUUCGAGGAGCAAUUGUGGGAUUUGUUGGUGCUAACCAGGAAUUUGAAACAUCUGGACUGAAACGAACUUUUAUUUCAAUGGAAAAAGAGGCAAGAUUUGUGGAUGCGCAAAGGGCUCGUCCUUGGCAAUGCUUGGAACUUCCAGAGCAAGGCUCCAUUCACUCCAACACAAGCACCCCUGGUUUUGAUGGGCAAUCCUUGUUUUCAGAAAAAUCUAGUUCCAUCAGAUCAACAAUUGUGCGGCCCCCAGAACAGCCCCAAUUUGGUGGGUAUGCUGCUGCUGCGUCAGCAUUGGGAGGGGUCCCCAUGAACCCAACCAUUCUCCAAGUGCCACAUCAUCCCUCCCUCUCUGCAACCAUAGUGGGGGUUAACCCUAACCCUAAUCCUAAUAAUGCAACCCCCUACUCCAUUUACGAGGCAGCCUCCCAACCCAACCCUCCCCCUUCCUCCUCAGGAUAUGCAAACAUGAACCAAGACUAUGUAGCAAAUUCUACUUGCAUAUCCGAAGUAUCCCAAGGAAACAACUUAUAUUCAACUAUAUCAUCAACUUCUUUGUUGUAUGGGGUUCCACCUCUGUAUGGCCUUCUUCCUCCACCAAGUGCCCCCACAAUUGGUGGUGGUGGUGUAGUUGGAGGUUAUGGCUCAAUAACAAAUCCUAUUCAUCAUCAUCAAUAUCAACAACCUCCCCAUUUUUACUAAAAGAUCAGUCACAAAUCAAGCCUCUGUGAAAAGUCCCAGCAGAUGCACAAUGCACAUGGUUUGCACCAUGAAGCAAAUUAAGCAAGUGCCCAUGUGCUUCCGGAUUGUUCUGUCUCCUAAUCUCACACUUAGCCAGAUGACAUUGGAAGCUAAGAUGACAUUGAACCCACAUCAUAAAGCAGUAGAAACCUGUGAAGGCCGGCACCAUAGUUGUUAAGUAUUUUGGAACCACUGGCAUCACAAGCCGAUGAAUCUAGAACACACAACAUCAGAUUUUACUUUGUUGUACCACUUCAUUCCAGAAAAGAGUCUUGUAAGUGAUAUUAUUGUUGAUUGCGUACCAAGCUCUGAAUAGCAGGCCAAUAUAUUAACAAAACCAUUGGACACAUUUACAUAUGGUUGCAUGCGCGAAGCAAUCAACAUUACUCCUGUACCAUCUUCGAACUAGUGCUAUAAGUUAACCUCUCCUGUAUCAUUCUGCAGAAAAACGGUCUCUGAAACUUUUAAAUCGUGCCCCUCUAAAGCCAAUCACCUGUGAUUUGCACUCAUCCCACGACUCAUAAAUGAAACCCUAUGCAAACAGCAUAGAACUUAUGCAGCUUCGAUUCAAAACUGAAUUCAUUUCUUAUUUUUCGACUUCUUACAAAGCCAGAGGGAGCUUCCUCAUUAGACUCAUCUCUCAUUACAAAAUUACAGACGUGUUCUAGCAACAUAGCGACAGCAGAGAAGACACUUACGCAGCCUCGACGUAUUGCCACUGCCACCAUCCAUAAGCCUAGUAUAAACAGUUCACACUGUUGCAAAAGUCAACGAAUUGCUCAAUCAACGAGAGAACUAAUAAUCCAAGAUUAACAGAAAACAAAGAAGACUUACACCCUGCAUAUCCUCAAAUUCUCGACGCCAAUGAUCUACAGUAGCUAGAUGCAAUGAGCUCCAAGGUGAGAGGGAGUGUUGAUUGUAGCACAUAGAAUCUCAUUUGAAGAUAGUCGCCCUAAUAAAAAGUAUCUAGUAAAAUAUCGUUUCUACGAGUCGCAGACUGACUGCCAGUGCCGAUUGCCUCUUCGAGUGCUGAUUGGCUCUUCGAGUCCCACCAGCGGCACACCAUAACUGACACACAGUUACUCUCUUGUACUUAAAUCAAUCAAUCCUUAAUAAAAAUAUAUUAUCUCGAUCAUGUAGUUCUUUAUCAUGGUAUCAGAGCGGGAUUAACUUCCUGCUAGUGAGCUUUGCUCCUAGAUCUGAAUCCAUCUAGUUUUGUUUCUAUGUAGACAGUAAAAAAAUCUAGUGACAUUCUACCAGCACCAUGAAUUGAGAGUAUCUGUAGAUUUUUUCAUUUCGACAGCAUGUCAAGUGAUCAGUCGUCAACGAUCACCAUUAGUGAGAGUAAUAAAUUGGAGGUUCCACAAACUAUAAUGUGUGGAAGUUAAGGAUGAAGGCAUUGUUGAAGAGAGAAAAUAUGUGGGAUUCAGUGGAGAGAAAACUGACACCAGCAUCGUUCCCAAUAACCGUAGGUGCAUCGACAUAUACUGUAGAGCAGUUCAAAAUCCACAAACUUAAAGCUCAGGCUCUCCUGGUGAUGGCUGUGAAGGACGAAUUCCUAAAGACUGUGUCAGAAACCGAAGACCCCUCAAAUACAUGACAAUCCUUGAAGAACAUAUUCGAGGUUGGAGAUUCAUCUCAAAUCUUGCUUCCAAUAACUCGCCUUCAUAACAUGCGUAUGGAAGAGGGAGGCUCAAUCAAAGAAUACUUGCGUAGUGCUAGAAAAUCAAAGAGUAACCUAGCAGCCAUGGGACACAAAAUUGCAGACGAGACCUUAGUACAGUCGACCUUGAACGGAUUUCCCCCCCAGCUACGAGGAAAUAAUCCAAAGUCUUAUCGUACAGGAUAAGCUACCCACGUUUGCACUGAUUAGCUCGAAGCUAUUAAACAAGUCACAUCGUCUUGCUCUGCGCAGGAAUCGCUUAGGAGAAGAGCAGGCAUUCAUCACACAACUCCAGCGUUAUCAACCUCGGCAUCAAAUUUUUGAUCGUGAAAAACAACAUACUCAAGGGAGGAGAGAUCACAGCACACAUAGUCGCAUCCACCAACCUUCUGGAUUUCAGCAUAUAACUAGGAAUCAAGGAUUUCAGAGAAGAACUCGUAUUAGCUAUCGAAAAAAACUUUCACUGGUUCGUAUACGGGUCACCAGAUCACCCAGCCCAAACCUGCCCAAACAUAUUCACGAUGCGUAAAGAAGAAAACAACCUCAACCUACUUACCAACAAAGAAUAAGGGAUCACAAGUGCGACUGAAGACAUCAAUGUCGCACUCACGGAAAUAGCUCACGAAAUCGAGAAAAACCAACCCCGA